CAAUAAAGAGAAACCAAGGAAGUCUCUCUUCAGCUUCAUCUCCAUCGUUCCGAGAUCUCUUCAUUGAAACCCUAACCCUAAGAUUUCUCCGGCGACCUCCUUCCCAUUCCGACAUGCAACCCAGCGGCGAUUUCACCUCCUACUAUCCCUACCCUUAUCCUCCUCCUCCUCCUCCUCCUCCUGCUGCUGCUGCUGCUCCAAUCUCAAACCCUAACCCAGCACAUAGCCCCAAUCCAAGCCCCAAUCCAAUCUCCAAUCCAAGUGAAUUCCAGCCUUCUAAUCCGCCGGUGCACUCCACCUUCGCCUCUGCUCCGCCGUACUCCCACUACCCUGCCGCCGAUUACCCAUCCUCUGCCGCCCCCAAUCUGCCCCCUUCCGCUCCCUCCUAUUCCCAGCCUCAAUCCCAAUCUCAAUUUUCUACAUAUCAAUCCUAUAAUCCAUCGUCUUUGAUUCCUGAUCAGUCCUUAACCUAUCCCCACCUCCAGCCACCUGCAUAUUAUCAGCAAGAUUCGCCUUCGUUGGCUGGGAGCUAUGCACCACCUCCAAACCCUAACCCUAGCGCCAAUCCCGUCCCGAACACCAAUCAAAACCCUUUCUUUCCUUCGCCCUAUCCAUCGUUUGAGAAUCCUUAUGAGAGUUCCACACGUUAUGACCCCGGCAUGACUGAUUUCUAUGAGAAGAAGCCUGAGAAUGGUUUCCCCAAUAAUUGGGGUGGAGAUGAUAGUUUUCUCAAUGAAGGUGCUUAUCGUUAUGAUGGGGGGAGGACAGAGCCUUAUGGAGCGAGGGGAACUGGAGGAUCUGCGAGAUCGUCGUCAGUGGCUUUUGAUGAUUAUGGGAGGUCAUUGAGCUUUGGUUCUAGUUCGAGGGAUGGAGGGAGCGGAGCGAAGAUUGUUAGGGCAGUGCCCAAGGCAGAUGCACAGCAGGAUGUGAAGAGCGGGGUGCAGAAGUUCCGGGUGAAGCUGUUGGCUGAAGGUGCAGGAAGUAACAUAGAUGUCCUUUGCCAGAUUGGCUUGGAUGGAAUUCGCAUGCUCGAUCCAGGAAACUAUAGGACAUUGAGGAUUUACCCUUUGGAAACAGUGACCAGAUGGGAAGUGUUGGAUUCAUCUAUAUUUGCAUUUUGGGCUAAAAGCUCUGUUGACAUUGAACCAAGGCGCAUAAGACUGAAAUCAAACAGCUAUACCACCAGUACGAUUCUUGACACUGUGACAGCUGCAAGCGUGCAGCUCAAGGAGAUGGGUGGAAGACUUGUCCCUAGUCGAAGUGGAGGAGCCACUGAUGCUGGAAAGCAAUCUGAUCAGCAAACUGAAAAAAAGAAAGGUCUAAUGGACUGGAUGAACAUGAUAAAGCCUCCAAAUGAGGAGAAAGACCAUUGGGUCCCUGAUGAGGCAGUUACUAAAUGUGCAUCAUGCGGAGCUGAUUUUAAUGCUUUUGUGCGCAAGCAUCACUGCCGGAAUUGUGGUGACAUAUUCUGUGACAAGUGCACUCAUGGUAGAAUUGCUCUAACUGCUGAUGAGACCGCACAACCAGUACGAGUUUGUGAUAGAUGCAUGGCUGAAGUGACUCAAAGGUUGAAUAAUGCAAAGGAAGCUGCCAGCAGACCUGGACUUCAGAGUCAUGAGGACCUUGCUAAAAAGCUCCAGGAGGAAAUGGAGAGAAAUCGCAAGUCAUCUGCUGGCUCCAAGUCUGAUGGUGGGUCCACUAAACGGAUGAGGGAAGUUGCAUGCCCUAUUUGCACUGUCCAUCUUCAGGUACAAGUUCCAGCCACUGGUUCUGAAACCAUUGAAUGCGGAGUCUGCCAGCACCCUUUCCUCGUCAGCUCCCAUUAAUCUGUUCUCGCGAUGAUUAUUUCAGCCAAGCAUCCAAACUUAUAUUUUACUGUGGUUGCAUAUGGUUCUUUCACAAUAAAGGUUUGUAUAGGUUCUUGAAUGUUUCCUAAAGCACAUCUGAUUCCCUGAAGCAAUCGCAUACGAUCCACUGUAUGUCUACCGACACAGGGAAGGUUCCUUGGCCUGCUUGUUAAACCUAAGUCUGAAACAUCGAAAGUUAUAGACAUAGACGACGACUGCUAUGUGAAUAGUUUGUGUUUCCUGUACUUUUUGAAUUCUCUCUCCAGUUCAAUUAAAUUUUUAAGGCUUGAACAGGCUAAUCUAAAAUUUGCUUUUGUGUUAA